CAUUCAGUUGGACUCUCAAUGUUAUCCAAAGGUGCUAACCAAACUAGAUACAGUACAUCAUAAACAUACAUGUGCAGCACGAAAAUGGCGUAAAUUAAUACUUAAUGACACGGCGAAGUCGUUAACAGUGAGAGCGCGGGGUGCAGUUGCUGUGUGCAGCUAACAUGGUAGGAUGUGUCUGAGAACUUUUGUACAUGUCUUUACAUGAUCAAACUUAAGUAAAUAUUCCUUUCUUUAAAGAAAGUUUGUAGUGUUUACUUUGGAAUCGCUGCAUUCGCGGCCAUUUUUAACGUUACGCGCAUGCGCAAAACCGCAAGGUAGCAAUUUUUGAUGGGUUGCAAAAUUUGUGAACACCGGCAGAACGACGCCGGCUGCAGUAAAGUUCGAGGAGGUAAAAGAGGAGCCACCACGUCAAAAACACUCAACUGUGUGCAAAAUAAUGCACGCAAAGGUCCUUCACAGAUUAGAAGGAGUCUGAGGAUGAGGAAGAGUCACUAUACGUCAAGAACGUAGAGGAAGAAUUCGUUCACAUUAAAGAGGAACAGGAGGAGUAUUUCAUUGAAAUGGAGAACACUCAAAUUGAGAAGCAGCAGCGACCUCAUCCCCUCAAAAAGGGGGAAGAGCACCCUCCAUAUGUUAAAGUGGAGGUGAUAGACAUCCCCAUGUGGACUGGUGAACCCUUGAAGGGUGAAGAUGGAGGUCGGAGUGAGGCCAGCACAGGGGCAGAGCCUCCGUCUGGCAGCAGGAGCAGUUCAAAAGAAGGAUUCCAAGCUGACAACCUCUUCGUUCGACCAGCAGGGAGUGACGACUAUACAUCACACUCGCUGUUCUGUUUCAGCAAAUAUCUUGGUCCUGACGCUCAACAGCUUAAGAGGGAAGUACAACUUCCAAUCAAAAAGGAGGAGGUAGAGCUGCCAUACGUUAAAGAGGAGGACAAUAUCACCAUGUCGAGUGGAUUCAGCAAAUAUCUUGGUCCUGAGUGGCAGGAGUCUGAGUCUCCUGCCAUUAAAGAGGAAUUGGAGCACCUGCAAAUGAAACGGGAAGAGCCAGAGCACCCUCAACAGCAAAAGAGAGCAGUACAACUUCCAAUCAAAAAGGAGGAGGUAGAGCUGCCAUACGUUAAAGAGGAGGACAAUAUCACCAUGUCGACUGGUGAGCCCUUGAAUAGCGAGGAUGGUCCAAGUGAGGCCAGCAGAGGGACGGAGCCUCCAAGCAGCAGCUCAACGGAAGGACGGCAAGCACACAUUUUCAUCGCACCAUCAGAUAGAAAUGGCGCCACGUCACACUCAUCUUACAAAGAUGAUGGUCAGAAGAAAUCUCACUGUGGGAAAACCUUUGCUAAUAACUAUACUUGUCGUAUGCAUAUUAGCAGCCACACUGGUGAAAAACCCUUUUCCUGCUCAGAUUGUGGUAAAAAAUUCUCUGAAAAAGGCACCUUGAAACAACACGCAAGAACCCAUACUGGUGAAAAACCUUUUGUCUGCUUAGUUUGUGGUCAAAGGUUCAGUAGCAAGAGCUACUUAAAAGUACACACAAGAACCCACACUGGUGAAAAACCUUAUCCUUGCUCAGUUUGUGGUCAAAAAUUAGCUCAGAAGAGAAACUUAAAAGUACACACAAGAACCCACACAGGUGAAAAACCCUUUGUCUGCUCAGUUUGUGGUCAAGGAUUCACUCAAAUUCAACGCUUAAAAGUACACAUAAGAACCCACACUGGUGAAAAACCUUUUUCUUGCUCAGAUUGUGGAAAAAAAUUCUCUGAAAAAGCCACCUUGAAAAAUCACACAAGAACCCACACUGGUGAAAAACCUUUUUCCUGCUCAGUUUGUGGUCAAGGAUUCACUCAAAGUCACCACUUAACCGUACACACAAGAACCCACACUGGUAAAAAACCCUUUUCCUGCUCAGAUUGUGGUAAAAAAUUCUCUGUAAAAGGCGCCUUGAAAAACCACACAAGAACCCACACUGGUGAAAAACCUUUUUCCUGCUCAGUUUGUGGUCAAGGAUUCACUCGAAGUCACCACUUAACCGUACACACAAGAACCCACACUGGUGAAAAACCGUUUUCCUGCUCAGAUUGUGGAAAAAGAUUCACUGAGAAGAGCACCUUAAACACACACAAAAGAACUCACACUGAUGAAAAACCCUUUGUCUGCUCAGUUUGUGGUCAAGGGUACAGUAGCAAGAGCUACUUAAACAAACACACAAGAACCCACACUGGUGAAAAACCUUUUUCCUGCUCAGUUUGUGGUCAAGGAUUCACUCGAAGUCACCACUUAACUGAACACACAAGAACCCACACUGGUGAAAAACCUUUUUCCUGCUCAGUUUGUGGUCAAGGAUUCACUCGAAGUCACCACUUAACCGUACACACAAGAACCCACACGGGUGAAAAACCGUUUUCCUGCUCAGAUUGUGGAAAAAGAUUCACUGAGAAGAGCACCUUAAACACACACACAAGAACUCACACUGGUGAAAAACCCUUUGUCUGCUCAGUUUGUGGUCAAGGGUACAGUAGCAAGAGCUACUUAAACAAACACACAAGAACCCACGCUUGUGUAAAACCUUUUUCUUGCUCAGUUUGUGGUCAAGAAUUCAGUUGUGAGAGUGCCUUAAAAGUACACACAAGAACCCACACUGGUGAAAAACCUUUUUCUUGCUCAGAUUGUGGUAAAAAAUUCUCUGUAAAAGGCGCCCUAAAAGUACACACAAGAACCCACACUGGUGAAAAACCGUUUUCCUGCUCAGAUUGUGGUCAAGAAUUCAGCUAUCAGAGUGCCUUAAAAGUACACACAAGAACCCACACUGGUGAAAAACCUUUUUCCUGCUCAGUUUGUGGUCAAGGAUUCGUUCAAAAACAACAAUUGCAAAGACACAAAAGAACCCAUACUGGUGAAAAACCGUUUUCCUGCUCAGAUUGUGGAAAAAGAUUCACUGAGAAGAGUGCCUUAAACACACACACAAGAACCCACACUGGUGAAAAACCUUUUUCCUGCUCAGUUUGUGGUCAAGGAUUCACUCGAAGUCACCACUUAAUCGUACACACAAGAACCCACACUGGUGAAAAACCGUUUUCCUGCUCAGAUUGUGGAAAAAGAUUCACUGAGAAGAGUACCUUAAACACACACAAAAGAAUCCACACUGGUGAAAAACCUUUUUCCUGCUCAGUUUGUGGUCAAGGAUUCACUCGAAGUCACCACUUAACCGUACACACAAGAACCCACCCUGGUGAAAAACCGUUUUCCUGCUCAGAUUGUGGAAAAAGAUUCACUGAGAAGAGCGCCUUAAACACACACAAGAGAACCCACACUGGCGAAAAACCUUUUUCCUGCUCAGCUUGUGGUCAAAAAUUCGCUUGCAAGGAUCAGAUUAAUAGACACGUGUGUAUUGGUGUGAGAAGCAGUGGCCAAUGACUGUUUUGCCUGUCAUCCAUGCUGCCUUUAUCAGAUUGUGCACUGCCAGUGGCAGUUCCUCUCUGGCUGGAGACACAGGCCCACAUAUUUUGUCUCACACAUCCAGGCAGUGCUCCUCUGCAGAGUUGGCGCCCCAUGCCGGCUCUGUGAUUUCGGUCUAUGACCACACUGGAAUCUCCGCAGUCCUCUCCAGGACAUAGGUCAGGUAGAAGACGAUUACUUAUUUCAUUGUCAUUUCAUUACACAUACACAGUAAAUGUGUUCCUCAUCACAACACAAACUGUAGCAAAGUUGUACCAGGGAUGAAAGUGGCUAGAAGUUUCUUGCUGGAACUCCCUGACAUGAAGGUCGCCACGUAGUCUGAAUUUUUUAUUUUUUGUAUUUUAUUUUUUUUGGGAGGGGGGGGGGGGGUCAAACCUCGGAAAAACACUGACAUUUA